AUGAAGAACCCAUCUCUUGUGCUUAACAAAAUCGACGACAUCCUGUUCGAAGAGCUCGAGGCGCCCACCGUCGAGGAGCCCCACGACGUCAUUGUCGAGGUGAAGAAAACCGGCAUUUGCGGCUCGGAUAUCCACUACUAUGCUCAUGGCAAGAUUGGGGAUUUCGUCUUGACUAAACCCAUGGUCUUGGGCCAUGAAUCCGCUGGUGUUGUGUCCCAAGUUGGCCCCGCUGUUACAUCUGUCAAAGUCGGCGACAGAGUGGCCAUUGAGCCCGGGGUGCCCUCCAGAUUGAGCAACGAAUACAAGACUGGAAAGUACAACUUGUGUCCACACAUGGUGUUUGCAGCAACGCCCGAGUCGGACCCAGCCAAGAAGAACCCACCAGGAACCUUGUGUAAAUACUUCAAGUCGCCUGAGGACUUCUUGGUCAAGUUGCCCGACCAUGUGUCGCUUGAGUUGGGUGCACUUGUGGAGCCAUUGAGUGUCGGCGUCCAUGCUUCUCGUCUUGCCAAGAUCACUUUUGGUGACCACGUUUUGGUGUUCGGUGCUGGUCCCGUCGGCUUGCUUGCUGCGGCUGUGGCAACCAAGUUUGGUGCUGCUUCGGUCACCUUGGUGGACAUUUUCGAUACCAAGUUGAAGAUGGCCAAGGACAUCGGUGCUGCUACGCAUACCUACAAUUCGAAAACCUCAGGAAAGCCCAUCAGCGCCAACCCUCCAUCGGGACAUGCUCCCACCGUGGUUUUGGAGUGCACUGGUGCUGAAAUUUGCAUCCAACAAGGUGUGCUUGCAUUGACUCCCGCUGGAAGGUAUGUUCAAGUUGGCAACGCCGGCGGUUAUGUCAAAUUCCCCAUCACGGAGCUCGCCACUAAGGAAGCUACCGUCCAUGGCUCCUUCAGAUACUCUUUCGGUGAUUACCAGACCUCUGUGGGCAUUUUGGAUGAAAACUACAGAAAUGGAAAAGAGAAUGCCAAGGUCGAUUUUGAGGCCUUGAUCACAGACAGAUUCUCUUUUAAGGACGCCAUCAAGGCCUACGACCAUGUGCGUGCCGGAGGCCCCAUCAAAUGCAUUAUCGAUGGCCCUGAGUAG